GAACUGAACUUCACACAUCAUCCUACCAUGGGAAAGGUUAUAUACAGUAUCGUGGCAUUAGUCUGCCUCGUCGCCAUGACGACGGCCCUUCCCCCUCUCCCAAAACCCGCCUGCUAUUCCCAGCAGCUUUCUUCUGACCAGAACUUUGAUCUCAGCUUUGUCUGCAAUGAUGGAAGAAAAUAUCCCGAACAGGAGAUCGAGGAGGCUCUGUACUACGCCGACGACCACUGGCGUAUCUACCUCAACCUGACCUCCACCUGCUUCCAGGACCAAGACACAUACUUCUUGAACAAAUACUCUGUGCCCAAACACUACAACCUGAAGAGCGUGUGCAACACCACCCGCACCAUGGUCCACACCGUCUACGCCAUGGAUGGUCAAGUCUGCCACGUUGUUCGUCCUCACGCCCAGAAAAUCUACUACGCCACAUGCGGAGGAGAAUGUAACCUUGGCUACGACGGUGUGACCGGCUACCACUGCAUUCAACGCGGCAUCACCUACCGCAACUUCCUGGGUUACUGCCGUUUCCCCGACCCCGCAAUCUUCCCCGAAACUGACCCCAUCUACGCUCUUGACCCCUCCGUAGACAACUUCUACGAUCCCCGUGCUGUCCCACCCACCUACCGCAUGCAGCACAACCUCCUCCAGAACGGGGCCAAGUACCAACGCACGGGCUACUUCACGGAGCUGAGCGUUACCCUCCCCAGCUACUGUGGCUGCAGGGGAUAUUUCUGUCCCCACGACAGGAUUCUUUAAAGGAUGACUUUAUAUAAGCGACUGGUACAACAUGAACCUGAACCAUGGACCAGUCGUUUUCUUCAGUCAUUUCUUUUUUGACACGGGAUGAAGAUUUUUUAGAACCAAAAUUGUUUCAAAUAAAUGGGAAUUACAGAUACUAGUUUGUACACAGGUAACUAUUUUUCAAAUAAGGAUUCUUUCCAACUUGCACCAUGAAUGUAGUCUUGGUCUGAAGUUAGCAGGUAUGUCAAUUGUAAAUAUUUUGCGAAUUCCAUGUAAAUACUUUCUAUAGUAAAUUUUGUGAACAUGUAUAUGAUCCUUCUUUGUACAGUGUAAACAGACCUCAUCAUUGAUUGUGCGCGCAUGUAUAUAAUGUACAGAUGUAAAUGUGUGAAAAUAAAAGCAUCGUGAAA